GGCUCGGUUUCUGGAAACUAAACCUUCAGUUAACAGAGAUUCAUAUGGAUACUUCGUCCACAUCAUCCUCUGCAGAAGGGGACAAUUUCAUGAUAGUGGAGACAGAGGAGGAAGAAGAGGGGGAGGAAGAGGAGGAGGGGGAAGAGGAAGAGAAGGAUGCCAAAGAUGCAGAAAAAGAUGAAAAUAACCAGGCACACAAAACAGAAGAGGAGGAGGAGGAGGAGAAUCAAACUGCCGUGAAGAAAAGUAAACCAGCCUCGGCUGUCGGUUUCUUCAGCGGGCAUGGAAGAGACAUCUACUACUAUGUGGGGCAGGAAAUCAGCAUUUAUGAGUCCAUAGACUCCUACGGAGCGGUGAUGUGGCCAGCGGCGUUAGCACUGUGCUCCUUUCUGGACAACGACAGGCAGGAGGUGAACCUGUUGGGGAAGGAGGUUCUGGAGCUGGGAGCAGGAACAGGCUUGGUGGCUAUUGUAGCCAGUCUGCUGGGAGCCUCGGUAACGGCCACUGAUUUACCAGAGGUCUUGGGUAACUUGACCGCCAACGUGAUGAGAAAUACCAGGGGGCGCUGCAGACACACACCCCAGGUGCAACUUCUGUCCUGGGGUCACAACCUGGAGCGCACCUACCCCAAGUCCGUCUACCGUUAUGACUAUGUCCUGGCGGCCGACGUGGUCUAUCAUCACGACUUUCUGGAUGAGCUCCUGGUCACCAUGAAGCAUUUCUGUCAGCGGGGAACCACUCUGAUCUGGGCCAACAAGAUUCGGUUUGAGACGGACCUGACUUUCACCCAGAACUUCAAAAAAGCCUUCCACACGUCACUGCUGGCUGAAGACGGAGACAUGAAGAUUUACAUGGCAACUUACAGGGAGGCAGACGGAGAAAGAGCGGGAUCUGGUUUGCAGGUAGAUUUUAAUUUCCCCAUGCAAUAGAAACACUCUUCGCUGUGAAGCGCCGACUUAAGUCGGUUUGUUGAGAUUUAUAAGCUCUGCUAUCGAGGGUAAAAAAGGUAGCUCAGAUUGAUCUUUGGAUGCUUUGUGUCAUUAUCACAUUCUGAGUUUUGAGAAGAAAAAAAAACUUAUUGCUGAAGAGGAUAAGGCAAAUGGCAGCUUAUUUAGAUCAUUGCAUCAUUGGCUGGAUUCCCACUAGAACUGUAAAUCUCAUUUUAUCCCCAUGUGGUCCCCAUCUGAUAUUUCAUCCACAUAAAGUCUGCAUGGUGAGUUCUGGGCCACACAAGAUAGUAUAUCUGUUCCUUCGCAAACUCAGCCCUGAAAUUACAACUCAAAACCAGUCUAGAUCUAGAAAACAGGUGUCUUCAUACACGACCUUUUCAGAUUUUGCUGCAACUGCAUGAAUACUUUUGUUCAAAUCUUUUCAUUGUUUAUUAUUAAAAUGCAUUUCAAGCGAGUGCAUAAUGUCUA